AUGGAAGCCGUCGAAAUCUUCCCUGAUGAAGAAGAACCAAACAACUUGUCCUUUCCCGGAAAGAAUUCCCCUGAAAUUCCUACUUCAGCCACAAAGAAAGUGCAAUUCCUUGAUGAGACUAUUGUGAGCGUCACCAACACGAAGAAAGUAGAUUUCGCUUCGGACCUGCUUGGCAGCCUCUGCAUUAGCCCGUCAAAUAUUUGCCUACAGCAAUUGUUUCAGGGACCACACGCUGUUCUCCUCACAGAGAAGCUUUUGAGCCCAAAACCAGAAACGUCGCAGUCAACAACCCCCCUUCACUCAUCGUCCAGCCCGGAUCUCCUCUCUCUACGGGAAGUCCUCCUCUCAGACAGCACCGGUCAAUACCGACGCCGCUUUAGCAAUCUCGUCAAGCUCCGCCUGUCUGUCACCUUGGCCUGGAGUCUCCUUCAAUUACACAAAACCCCAUGGUUCUGCAAAACCUGGACCAACAUCGACAUCAACCUUCUUGACCUUCCUCACUACCCGCGGCUCGACCAGCCAUUCAUCAGUCGGACAGUCUCUGAGGAAAGCGAGGCGCAUCACAGCCAACUAACACACCAGUCCACAUCAGCGAGACCGCGCAACGGGGCAUUGUUUGCCUUGGGCGUGCUUCUUAUUGAACUGUGUCUGGGCGCGCCUUUCGACAAGCUUCGUGAGCCGCAAGAGUUGAAAGUGCUUGGUCUGCCGGAUACAUGCUCCGACUACGAGGUGGCGGAUUGCCUCAUAGAUGAGGUAUACGAUAAGUUCGGCGAUACUUACGGCGAUGCGGUGCUGAAGUGCAUCCGGUGCGAAUUUGGCUGCAGGCGGAACAGUCUCGAUGACGAGCGCUUCAGGAGAGCUUUCUACACUGGAGUGAUCGUAUUGCUAGAGCAGAACCUGGAAGUGUUCCGUAGCCAGUAA